GCGCGGAGUUCGCAUGACCGUGUUGUGUUGUGCAGAGACUGAGCCGAGUCCUGGAGCUGCUCAUACACAGAGGUGUUGAUGUGUGCUGGACGCUGUCCACUGGAACGAGUCCAUGCUGAUGCUCGGCUGGUUACUCCCUUUGUUGUGAUAAAGGUGUGGUUGUCAUGGUAACCAUGCUGGCGACAUCCAUUUAUUCUCCUGGACCUUUUGUCGUCCUUCUCUCCUCGCUUUUGUCCACUCCUUAUGUCCCAGCAUUCCCUGACCUCUAACCCCGACCGUGUCUCUUCUCCUGCUAAACAGUGCAGCGUCAAACUGCACCCUGUAACUUCUCAUGAAGCUCUGAGUGUGUGGCUCUCGUCUUUCUCAAUGCCUGGAGUUAGUGAUUACUCGCAGCUCGCUUUAGACCUCAGCAGGAACCAGCUGAUCGUUGGAGCAAGGAACUACCUGUUCAGACUGAGUUUGGCCAAUAUUUCUCUACUUCAGGGCAUGGAGUGUGGAGUGGAUGAAGACACACGCAGAUCUUGCCGGAGCAAAGGGAAGACAGAGGAUGAGUGUCAGAACUACAUGCGUGUCCUCCUCCUGAGCGGCUCUCGGCUGUUCUCCUGCGGCACCAAUGCAUUCUCCCCGAUCUGCACCAGCCGCUCUGCCUCCGAUCUCGCCCAUGUGAUGGAGACGGUGAACGGGGUCGCUCGCUGUCCUUAUGACCCCAAACACAAUUCCACCGCCAUGGUAACGGAAAGCGGCGACCUCUACGCCGCUACAGUAAUUGAUUUCUCGGGACGUGACCCCGUGAUCUACCGCAGCCUUGGGAACAUGCCUCCUCUCCGCACAGCUCAGUACAACUCCAAAUGGCUGAACGAGCCUCAGUUUGUCUCGGCGUACGAGGUAGGCCGUUUCACGUACUUUUUCCUGCGGGAGGUGGCGGUGGAGGAAGAUUGUGGGAAGGCGAUGUUCUCUCGGGUGGCGCGGGUAUGUCAGAAUGACGUAGGCGGUCGCUUUCUGCUCGAGGACACCUGGACGACGUUCAUGAAGGCCAGACUGAACUGCUCGCGCUCAGGAGAUGUGCCUUUCUACUACCACGAGCUCCACAGCACCUUCUUCCUGCCUGAGCAAGACCUCAUCUACGGCAUCUUCACCACCAACAUUAACAGCAUUGCUGCCUCUGCAGUGUGUGCCUUCAACCUCAGUGCCAUCACUCAGGCCUUCAACGGUCAAUUCCGCUACCAGGAGAACCCUAGAAUGAGCUGGCUCUCCACCCCGAACCCCAUCCCCAACUUUCAGUGUGGGACGGUAGGCGACAAUGGCCCAGGCGGGAAUCUAACAGAACGGAGUCUGCAGGAUGCUCAGAAGCUGUUUCUGAUGAGUGAAGUUGUGCAGCCUGUGUCCAUUGACCCCUUGAUCAGCCAGGACAAUAUCUGCUUUUCCAAACUGGUUGUGGACAUUGUGCAGGGCCGUGACACACUAUACCACGUCAUUUACAUCGGGACAGAACAUGGAACCAUUAUCAAAGCGCUCACCUCAUCUAGUCAAAAUCUACGUGGAUGCUAUCUUGAGGAGAUGAAGCUUCUUCCAGCUGAUCAGCAGGAACCAAUCCUUAACCUGCAGAUCCUGCAAAGUGACAGGUCUCUAUUUGUGGGUUUGAGCAGCAGAGUUUUGAAGAUCCCAUUGGAGAGAUGCUCCAGCUAUGAAACCCAAAGGGAAUGCUUGUAUGCGAGGGAUCCAUAUUGUGGCUGGGACAGAAAACAGAGACGCUGCACUACAAUUGAAGCCAGCUCCAACAUGAGCCAGUGGAGCCAGAAUAUCACACAGUGUCCCGAGCAGAAUCUUACUCGAGAUGGAGGCUUCGGCUCGUGGUCGGCGUGGCACUCGUGCACCCAUGAUGACGGAGGUGAAACUUCAAGCGCCUGUCUGUGUCGCUCUCGAAUGUGUGAUCACCCGGUCCCCCAGUGUGGUGGGGCCGAGUGUGUGGGACCCUCGAUGGAGGUGGCCAACUGCUCCAGAAGUGGUGGUUGGACUCCGUGGUCCUCCUGGACUCCAUGCAGCACCAGCUGUGGUGUAGGGUUUGAGGUGCGUCAGCGUUCAUGCAGUAACCCAACGCCCCGACACGGAGGGAGAGUGUGUGUAGGUCAGACGCGAGAGGAGCGGUUGUGUAAUGAGGACUCUGUGUGUCCCAUGGCUGUCUCCUGGGCUCAGUGGACUUCCUGGUCUACAUGCACAGCAGUGUGUGGUGGCGGGUUUCAGUCCCGUGUCCGAACCUGUGAAAAUGGAAACUCCUGCUCUGGGUGUCCUCAGGAGUACAGAACGUGCAAUUUGGAGACAUGCCCUGAGGUACGUCGAUACACCCCCUGGUCUGCAUGGUACCCAGUGAAUGUGACGCUGGGCGGAGUCAGACAAGAGCAGCGUGUGAGACACACUUGUCGAGCACCACUGGCAGACACACACCUCCUGCAGCUGGGCAAACGCAAAACAGAGACGCGUCACUGCCCACCUGCUGGCGGAGCUCCGGGGUGUGAGACUGACGAUCUGGUACAAGACUUAGUGAGUGUGGCACAACCCAUGACACCAGUGCAGGGGGUCAUCUGGUUGCCCUGGGAGACGUGGUCUUCAUGUUCCAAAGAGUGCUCGAGAGGUUUUCGAACACGUAAGCGCUUGUGUGUCAAUCCUGAUAGCAAAAGUCCUGCAUUCCUGUGCAGUGGAACACCAGUGGAGUAUCAGGACUGUAACACCCAGCCAUGUUCAGUAAAGGGGGCGUGGUCAUGCUGGUCAUCCUGGUCUGAAUGUUCUACCUCCUGUGGGGGCGGGCAUUACCAACGCACUCGCACCUGCUCAAACCCCGCCCCUUCCAAUUCUGGCGACAUCUGCAUUGGCCUGCAUACUGAGGAGGCUCUGUGCAACAUGCAGGAGUGUGAUGGUGGAUGGGGGGUGUGGACAGAAUGGACCGAGUGUGAGGAUGGCCUUCAGUACCGUACUCGAGUGUGUGAGAUAAGCCCCGCCCCCUGUAGAGGGAACCACACAGAUCAGAGACGGUGUCUUCCUAAAGAAAGUGCAGUCGGCUCAGCAGGAGGGAAGAAAGGGCUAAACUGUGGAGGCUUUUCCCUCUUCCACCUGAUCCUGACUGGCGCCGUCUCCUUCCUGGUAGCAUUGCUGGGAUCUAUUCUUGCCUACGUAUUCUUUCAGAAGGUCUAUAAACCCAUCCAGGAGCCUGCGGUGAUCCAUCCCAACACGCCCAACCACCUUCAAAACAAACACAACACCAGCACACCCAAGAAUGAGAAAUAUACUCCCAUGGAGUUUAAGACGCUCAACAAGAACAACUUGCUUCCAGACGAGAGCUGUAACUUCUACCCUCCUCCUCCACCCCAGACGAACGUCUACACCACCACCUACUACGCUCCUCCACUGGGCAAAUACGACUUCCCCUCUUUAGACUCGCCCUGCAGGAACUACAUGCACAGCUGAACCAAGACUCGUGUUUUCUGAGCCAUGUGUUAUCGCAGGUACCGUGGUGCUGAGUCAGCUCUGAACCGAUGGAGUGUGUGGACGUUCAAAAGAGCUCAGCACUUUUCUUGUUCUUUAAAAAAAAGAUAACAAGGAUGAACAAAUAGGGAAGUUUACUGGAAGCUUUACCUUGUUUUUGGACAUUUAGAGCUCAAAGGGACAGAUGGUGGAACGAAAGACAUGACCUCACCACAACUUGACCAAAAUAUGGGAACUUGUCUAAAAGACACUUUUGGGUAGGAUUCACAGAUCUUUUGAGUCUUCCACAAAGACAAAGGAUGGAAAAUUCUAGUUUUCCAGACCUUGUGAUUUCAGCCUGAUUGGGAUGUGGCACAGUGUUCACACUAGACUGCGCUGUUUUACUACUUUAUUACUGUCAUACUCAGAGCACCAACAAUUGAUCGAUCCAUUUACGCUUUGACUGUCCAAUCGCAUCACAUUUAAUACAUUCAUUUUUUUUUGAUGAUGCCAUGAUGAAGUAAGUCGCUGUGCACUUUUUAAAAAAGGUUGAGCAUCACUGGGGUCUAAUGUAGCUUUUAGCGCUAAACAGAGCCUCGGGAUGGAGGUAAGAUUCACACUUUAGAUUCAAACAGACACACAGCUGAAUUUAUUUUUAAUUAAAAACCAAACCAUGGUUGUUAACUUACACUAACACAUCAAACUGAACAUACAAUGCAACUUAGUGUGUUACACACACCAAAAAGUACAGUAUAAUUAGUUGUGUAUAAAAAAAAAUGAGCGAAUGUACAUGGUUGUCUGUGAUUAUGAUUUCUGUGUGUAGAUUUUUUUUUUAUUUUUAUUAUUAAAUUAUUGUAUAUACAACAUAGGAGCCAGAAACCAAAAGAAAUGUUAUAGUGGAGCAACGGUGUUAUUACAAUGUAAUUAACAGUGUAACAACACUGUAAUAAUAUUCGACUUUUUCAGGGGUUUGUCGAUACCAAUGCUGAUGCCAUACCUGUUCCAAUAUCUGAUCCAUGAUACAAUAAGAUUUUUUACUGAUAAAAAGAGGACUCAUUUUCUAUACAAGUAUCCUGUUAAAACAUUUCCACAGGAACAUUUCCAGCAUGGCUGAGUAACAAAAAAACGAUAGUAGUUCAGCUUUAAAGCAUGUUUCUUACAUUUAUGGUAUAUGGUAGAUGCUCUUAUCCAGAGUGACGUACAAUUAUUUCCUUUAUACAACCGAGUGGUAAGGGUCUUGCUCAAGGGCCUAACAGUGGCGGCUUGGUGGGUUUAUGAUUUGAACUUAAAACAUUCUAAUCAGAAAUCCAACAUCUUACCCACUGAGCUACCACAUGCCCACCUGUUAUUCAUGACAAUCAGUAGUGAUUUUGACAAAAAACUAAACUAAACUAAUGUGUUGCUAGUUUACACGCUUUUUUUGAUGCCACAUAUCCUAGAGUGCAGGGUCAGCCGGUAUACAGCUGCCCUAAUGCACAGAGGUUUAAGGGCCUUGCUCAAGGGCCCAACACUGGCAGCUUGGCAAUACUGGAAGGUAAACCCCUGACUUUCUGAUCAGUAACCCAAAAACUUAACCAGGGAGCUAGUGUGUAAACACACACAUAGUCCAACCACGGAAAGAGAAACUGAGCUUAAUGUUCUGUGAAGUCCCGAACUGAUUAAUACUAAACAGAAUAAUUGGUAUCAGUAUUGGUAUCAGUCCCUGAGUACAAGACACAACAGUAUCAAAGCUUCCCCAGUAUUUCUACCCCGUGUGUGUGUGUGUGUGUGUGUGUGUGUGUGUGUAAGGCAGGGACAAUGCUCCUAUUCCUCACAAUUGUAUUCUGUUUCUAUUCUCCAUGUUCCAGACGUCUCUGAGACGAAUGAAGUCUGAAGCAUGUGACACACGACUACAGAAAGCGAGUUGUGUAGAUUCGUUUUUAGGGAGAGGUGCAAAGCCGUGAAUUAUACUAAUAACUUUUUUGUAGAAUUUUUUAAAAUCAAAGUAAAAACUUUCUCUUUGAUGUUUACUGAAGGAAUAUGUUUUAUUCAAACUGCCAGUGGAUGAUGUCAAAAGGGGUGUGUGACAGAAGCUGACCAAUCAGCAGAUUCCUUUAAACUCGCACUGAGUGAAACUACAUGCUUUUUAGGGACUUAACACACAAUUAUUAUCGACACACACCUGCCCGCACUUCCUUUCUUUCUUCUUUCCUUCCUUCCUUCCUUCUUUCCUACCUUCUUUACUUCCUUCUGUCCUUCCUUCCUCUUUCUUUUUCUUUCCUCUGUACUAAUUUCCCACUCUCACUUUCUCC